CAAUUUCUUUGCUUAAUGCAAUGAAAGUAAAAAAGAAUAAUUUGAUUAACGAUAACGAAAUUGUCCAAAACACCCUUGUAAAUUGUAAUGUAUCAACAAAUGACGAAUCUUUUCAGUUCCCUAUAUACAAAUGGGUCCCAACAAUGACGUCAUUUCCUACCUAUAAAUAAGUUCCCUUUGUCCCCCAUAAUUCUCCGUUUAAGAGAAAAAGAAACCAAAAAACACAGAGAAAAUUUUCGAAACCUAGAAGCUUCUAAAAAUGGUGGCCGUAGCUGAGAAUCAGAAAACGAAGAACAGUCUCAAGUUCCUCUGCAGUUACGGCGGCAGAAUCCUCCCUCGUUCUAUCGAUGGAAAGCUCCGUUACGUCGGCGGUUUCACCAGAGUACUCUCCGUUCAUCACUCAAUCUCUUUCACAGAAUUGAUGAUGAAAUUGGAGGAAUUUUGUGGCUAUUCCGUUGAAUUGAAGUGUCAAUUACCAAACGGAGAUCUGGAGACACUAAUUUCCGUCAAGUCAGAUGAGGAUCUAGCGAAUAUGGUUGAAGAAUACGAUCGUGUUUACGGAGGCAAGAUCCGUGCGAUUUUGUCGCCUCCUAAGCAGAUGUCGCCACGAUCUAGCGGCGGUGGUGGAGAUCUAUCACCGAAAUCGCCGUUCUCCGUCGUGGCUUCUCCUUCUCCGCCUCGGUACUGUUUGGCUCCGGCGGAGAAUCUUCUCAGUAGAUUCCGUAUGAGAACUGGAGAAUAUUCUCGUUGCUGUAACUGCCGUGUUCACAACAGAGACUCCAAGCUUAUCUGGCAAUAACGUUGACGGUGAAAUAAAAAUGCCUUAGAAAAAUAAAUGUGAAAAAAUGAAAUUUAGGUUGAUGAUGUGUUGUUGUUUGUGAAGAGAAGAAUUAUGAAAAUUAGUGAUAUUUUGUGGUCGGUGAACAAACGGAGAAGAUGACGGAAUUUUUUUUCCGGCGGGUUUUUUAACCGUUAACUUUGCCGUUAAGAUA